UCCGGCACCCCAAAAGAAUUCCCCCACUUCUAGAGCAUCCCCACUAGUCUCCCCAUCCCCGGAACCUGCUUCCACCAGCCCAAGUCCUGGGCCCCUCCUGUGCUCACUCUGCCCUCCAUGUUCCCCUCCCUGGCUCUACUCCAGCCACCACUCCAUCUCCGGUCCGAGGACCUCGUCCCCCAGUCUUCGCAGAACACUGAAUCUAGAGGACCUUCGCCUCCUUGGGUUUGCCCCCACCCCGGCCUGCCCUAACUCUCAGCCGCGUCCCGUCAUACCUUCAUCCCCCCUUCUCCCACCUCGUCCCUAGUCCUUCCUGCCCUCUUCUCCUCGGGAUCACCUCGAUUCUUCAAGGAUCCCCCUUUUCCUUCCUUCCUGAGCCGGGAUGCAGGUGUCCAUCGCUUGCACUGAGCAAAACCUCCGCAGCAGGAGCAGCGAGGACCGUCUGUGUGGACCCCGACCUGUCCCUGGGGGCGGGAACGGCAGUGGAGUGACCGGCAGUCACGGGAAUCCUUCAGGGGGAGGGGGACCCGGCCCCAAGGCCCGGGCUGCGCCAGUCGCACGACCCCUGGGUCCCGCAGCUGUGACCCACUCUGGGCCCCUACGAGAGAGCACCGGCCGCGGCACCAGCAUGAAGUACAGGAAUUUGGGAAAGUCUGGUCUUCGAGUAUCCUGUCUUGGCCUUGGUACCUGGGUCACAUUUGGGUCUCAGAUCUCAGAUGAGACAGCAGAGAAUCUGAUGACUGUGGCUUAUGAGCAUGGAGUGAAUCUGUUUGACACAGCCGAAGUGUAUGCAGCAGGAAAGGCAGAACGAACACUGGGCAAUAUCCUUAAGAGCAAGGGUUGGAGGAGAUCCAGCUAUAUCAUCACUACCAAAAUCUUUUGGGGAGGACAGGCAGAGACUGAAAGAGGCUUGAGCCGAAAGCACAUCAUUGAGGGCUUGUGGGGCUCCUUGGAACGGCUUCAGCUGGGAUAUGUAGACAUAGUCUUCGCCAAUCGUUCGGACCCCAACAGUCCCAUGGAGGAGAUUGUCCGGGCCAUGACCUUUGUCAUUAACCAGGGACUGGCACUGUACUGGGGGACAUCACGAUGGGGAGCCGCAGAAAUCAUGGAGGCCUACUCAGUGGCCCGACAAUUCAACCUGAUCCCCCCUGCAUGUGAACAAGCCGAGUACCACCUGUUUCAGAGGGAUAAGGUGGAGACACAGAUGCCUGAGCUCUACCACAAGAUAGGUGUUGGUUCAGUGACAUGGUCCCCUUUGGCCUGUGGUGUCAUUACUACCAAGCAUGAAGGAAGACUCCCAGAAACCUACAGGGGUACCAUCAAGGGCUACCAGUGGCUCAAGGACAAGGUACAGAGUGAAGACGGCAAGAAGCCACAGGCCAAGGUGGCGGACCUGCUCCCCAUCGCUCACCAGCUUGGCUGCACAGUAGCUCAGCUUUCCAUUGCCUGGUGUCUCCGCAGCGAGGCCGUCAGCUCCGUCCUGCUGGAGGUGUCCAACACGGAGCAGCUGAUGGAGAACCUGGGGGCCCUGCAGGUGCUGGGCCAGCUGACGCCCCAGAAGGUGCUGGAGAUCGACGGGCUUCUGAGCAACAGACCGCACUCCAAGAAGUAG